CCAAAAUUUGUUGUUGUGACUGGGCUGCCGGACGCCUGCGGCGGCUGGGGGACGCGGCCGCGGCGCUACCAUGGCGGUGCGACAGGCGCUGGGUCGGGGCCUGCAGCUGGGUCGGGCACUGCUGCUGCGCUUCACGGCCAAGCCUGGCCCGACCUACGGCUGGGGGCGGCCAGAGCGGCCGGGCCCCGCGGCGGCCUGGGGCCGCGGAGAGCGCCCGGGCCAGGCCGCGGGACCCGGCGCGGAGCCGCACAGGCUCGGGCUCGGGCUCCCCGACCGCUACCGCUUCUUCCGCCAGUCGGUGGCCGGGCUGGCGGCGCGGCUCCAGCGGCAGUUUGUGGUGCGGGCCCGGGGGGGCGCAGGCCCUUGCGGCCGGGCUGUCUUUCUGGCCUUCGGGCUGGGGCUGGGCCUCGUCGAGGAGAAGCAGGCGGAGGGCCGGCGGGCGGCCUCGGCCUGUCAGGAGAUCCAGGCAAUUUUUACACAGAAAAACAAGCUGCCUUCUGACCCGCUGGACACUAGACGCUGGCAGGGCUUCCAGCUGGAGGAGUAUCUGAUAGGGCAGUCCAUUGGCAAGGGCUGCAGUGCUGCUGUGUAUGAAGCCACCGUACCUGUGUUGCCCCAGAACCUGGAGGUGGCAAAGAGCUUCGGGCUUCUUCCAGGGAGAGGCCCAGACAUCGUCCCACGAGGAGAAGAGGAGGAGCUUGCUCCACGGGCCCUUGCCUUUCCCUUAGCCAUCAAGAUGAUGUGGAACAUCUCGGCGGGCUCCUCCAGCGAAGCCAUCUUUAACACAAUGAGCCAGGAGCUAGUCCCAGCUAGUCGAGUGGCCUUGGCCGGGGAGUAUGGAGCCGUCACUUACAGAAAAUCCAAGGGAGGGCCCAAGCAGCUGGCCCCUCACCCCAACAUCAUCCGGGUCUUCCGCGCCUUCACCUCGUCUGUCCCACUGCUGCCCGGGGCCCUGGUCGACUACCCGGAUGUGCUGCCCCCACGACUUCACCCCGAAGGCCUGGGCCACGGGCGGACGCUCUUCCUCGUGAUGAAGAACUACCCCUGUACCCUGCGCCAGUACCUUCGCGAGAACAGCCCAAGCCCCCGCCUCGCCACCGUGAUGACCUUGCAGCUCCUGGAAGGAGUGGAUCAUUUGGUUCAGCAGGGUGUCGCUCACAGGGACUUAAAAUCUGACAACAUCCUCGUGGAGCUGGAUGCAGACGGCUGCCCCUGGUUGGUGAUCGCGGAUUUUGGUUGCUGCCUGGCUGACAAGCACGUCGGCCUGCAGUUGCCUUUCACCAGCUGGUAUGUGGAUCGGGGCGGAAACGGCUGCCUGAUGGCUCCUGAGGUGUCCACGGCCUGCCCCGGCCCCAGGGCAGUGAUUGACUACAGCAAGGCUGAUGCCUGGUGCUCAUGUGCAGGAGGUGGUUCAUGGGCCUUCCAUGAUGGGGAGGCUAUUCCAACUGGGGGCACAGUGCCCCCCCAGCCAAAUGUGUACAUGUGGAAAAGCCUGGAGCAUGGGCUGAGAGCAGCCAGAUUUAUUAACAAACGGUUGUGGGCCGAGCACUGUCAUAGAUGUCCUAAGCCUCAGCUUCCCUUUCUGUUGCAGAGACCGUCUGCCCGAGUAGCUGCUAACGUGCUUCAUUUAAGCCUCUGGGGUGAACAUACUCUAGCCCUGAAGAAUCUGAAACUAGACAAGAUGAUUGGCUGGCUCCUGCAACAAUCAGCAGCCACUUUAUUGGCCGACAGGCUCACGGAGAAGAGCUGUGUAGAAACAAAAAUGAAGAUGUUAUUUCUGGCCAACCUGGAGUAUGAAGCGCUGUGCGAGGCAGCCCUUCUCCUCUACUCCUGGAGGGCCGCCCCGUGAUAGCGCUGAUGUAGCUGGUGAAUUACUAAAAGAACUUGGCAGCAUCUAUGUCGUGAUGGUCUGUGAAUGCUGAGGGCGGGAGCUCAGAGGUGUGAGGGUGGGAGUCAAGAGAAAAGAUGGCGCAGAGAGGGCUGGUGAACAGAAGAGAGGGCCUCUGAUUUGGCAAAUGGGAGGAACAUGCUGAGUGAAGUUCAUGGUCUGUAGCUACUAAACCUAGCUGUGCGAUUUUGGAUGUGUCCUAUAACCAGUGUGGUCUGAAGUUCUGUUACCUAUAAAAUGAAGUAACUGGUCUAGAUAGGAGUCGGCAAACCUUUCCUGGAGUGGGCCUAAGAGUAAAGACUUGGCUAACACAGCUACUCUGUCAUUAUAAUCUUAAAUAUGUAAGCGAACAAGCGUGGCUGUGUGCCAGUGCAGCUUUAUUGAUGGGCACUGAAAUUUGAAUUUCAUGUGUCACAAAAUAUUAAUUUUUUUAAAUCGUUUAAAAAUGUAAAGACCAUUUUUGCUUGCAGGCCAUACAGAAAGCAAGCUGCGGGCUGGAAUGGCCCACGGGCCAUAC